UAAUCAUGAUGAACAUCCGUAGAAAUAAUGAAGGGACGAUAUCAUAAGGCUUUCUUUAUCCUUGAGGAUUUUAUGAGGAAAAGAACUAAUAAUGAUGUCCAAAUUCAGACCCCUUUCUCAGAAGAAUGGACAGAGGUCCGAGCCCCUGGUCCGCUCCACUUCGGCACUUCCCGACUUCCGCCACUUCGGCACUUCCCCGCAGCCCGAUCAGCGAUGCACGUAGUCCAGAACCACAACCUUGGGCCCAGGGCUUGGUUCUCGCCAGCUGCAUCUACACCGUCGCCAAUUUUCUACAUCAUUGCCUUCAUUUCGACAAGUAUCAGCCCCAUAUUAUACCUAUUGCAUUUGUCGCGAUUGUAUUCUUCGGGAGCCUGACGAACCAAGACAUCUUUCUCCAGCUGCUGCCGUGGGCUCUCCCGUGCGGACUUGGAGCGAGUGAGGUUGUAUAUCUACUCUUGUCAUUCUGGAAUGCGGAGUCUUGUGAGGUACAUUCUAUUUGAAGGACUGAAUAGGACAUCAAUCUCGGCAAAUGCAUAGGAUGAAAUUAUGUCGGCUACAAACCUGUGGCGGGCCAGGCAAGCGUCUAUAUUACACAGACUUUGAUUCCAGGAGCCGACAGCGUCCGCGCGAUUGCAUACCAUACCCAACUCGAAACUCCUCGCGGAUUUAGAAGAAGCAAGGUACAAUAUAACAGCAGUUUCAUCUACCUUCACGUGAAUAAACAUAAUUA